UACUAUUCUUCACUUCUCCACUCUCCCACACUCUCCAAAAUGGCAACAUCAGACAAACUCCUCGGCGGAGCCAUGCUCUUCAUCGCUGCAUUCGUCUUUGUCUACUACACAAUCUGGGCUUUACUUCUCCCAUUCCUCCCCCCAACAUCUACCAUCCCCUCCUUCUUCCCUCCGCGAAGUUACGCCAUCAAAAUCCCACUAUUCUUGUUGCUCGCCGGUAUAUGUGGGGUGACAUUGUUUUUCGGAAGGGUCAUGCUAGCAGAAGCGAGGAAGAAGAGGGUCAAGGGUGGGAAGAAGGUUUGAGAAAAGCAGUUUAUGAACAUAUGUACAGUAGUUUGUCACUUUUACACAUACCCUCCGUUUUCGUACCCUCCCUACAGAUUUAUCCUGGUUUCAUACACAUCAGCGCUCCACAU